AUUUAUUGUUUGUAGAAUGAGCAAAUUUUUGGCGAUUCUUUUAAUCGGCACUCACCGAUAAUUACAUUUAUAUAUAGAAAAGUUUUUGUGUUAGAUUAGUUGUCGUUUGUCAGCGAAUCGUUAUGGUCGCUUCGAGAAUGGGAAUCAAACUUUGUAGAACUGGGCUGGGCCUUCUGAUAUUUGGCCUGGUCUUGCUGCUCGGCGCGAAUGCCGAUGAAGUGGUUCAAGGUUCCCGAAUCCUGGCCGUUUUUCCCUUUCCCGGCCGAUCGCAGUACAUAUUCGCCGAACAGUAUCUCAAGGAACUGGCCCGUCGGGGUCACAAUGUCACCGUGAUCAAUACGUUCGGCAGCGAUAAAAAUGAGCCCAACUUUCGUGUGAUUGGUGCCAAAAAAAUACACGAAAUAAUGGCAGCGUUUGGAAAUAUGGACUACAAUCAGGAGGCAAGUCAAUGGACAGUUUUGACCAUGACCACCGAUUUCCUUAAUCUCCUUACCACAAGUGUUCUGGAUGAUCCUGCUGUAAAGGAAUUGUUGGCCAGUCGGGAAACUUUUGAUCUGGUCGUUUCGGAAACGGUUCAAACCGAAGCUCUUUUUGGCUUAGCCCAGCAUUUUGGGGCGCAGAGCAUUGGAAUCUCGUCGUACGGCACCGAUAUUCACAUCGAUGAGUUGAUGGGAAAUAUAUCCCCAUUAUCCUAUAAUCCCAUGUUGCUGUCAUCGCGAACGGAGCGAAUGGGUUUCGAGGAACGUCUGCGAAAUGUGUGGGAAGCUACUAUUAUUUGGCUGCACAAGAGAAUUAUACACCUGCCCACUCAGCGGGAUCUGUAUGCAAAAUACUUUCCAAAUGCCAGGAAAUCGUUGGAGGAAGUUUUGGAUAGUUUUUCGCUGAUGCUGCUGGGCCAGCACUUCUCAUUAAGCUAUCCACGCCCAUAUUUGCCCAAUAUGAUCGAGGUGGGCGGUCUGCAUUUGCAACAACAGCGAAAGGUGAAGGACCUACCAACAGAAUUGAAGGAAUUUGUGGAGCAGGCCCCCCAGGGAGUUAUAUAUUUUUCAAUGGGCUCCAAUAUCAAGAGUGCAGAUUUGCCACCGGCAACCCGAAAAGUUCUAAUGGAAACAUUGGCCAGCCUGCCUCAACGUGUAUUGUGGAAAUUCGAGGAUGAUCAGCUGCCUGAAAAGCCUUCGAAUGUGUUUAUCAGCAAGUGGUUUCCACAACCGGACAUCCUGGCUCAUCCGAAUGUAAAGCUAUUUAUCACCCACGGAGGACUUUUAAGCACCAUCGAGAGUGUUUACUUUGGCAAGCCCGUCUUGGGUCUGCCAGUUUUUUACGAUCAGCACUUGAAUGUUCUGCGGGCCAAACAGGCGGGUUAUGGUCUCAGUGCGAAUUUGUGGAGUGCCAAUGCCACAGAACUUACUUCUCUGAUUCAGGAACUACUGGGUAAUCCCAGUUAUGCGGCCGCAGCUCAAAGUAAAUCCAAACUAUUUCGAGAUCAAAAGGAAACCGCUUUGGAACGAGCCAUUUGGUGGACCGAAUACGUACUGAGGCACAAGGGCGCCACCCACUUGAGAUGUGCCUCCCGCGAUAUGGACUUUAUUCAGUUCCACGGACUAGACACCUGGGGCCUGCUCAUCGCUGUCACUCUGGUCUCCAUACUGAUCUUUGUGACUGCACUACGCUAUCUACUGAGGGGACUCAGUUAUAUCAUCUUUAGGCGUCGUGAGGGGUCCGGCAAAUUGAAGACCCAGUAACCAAUUAAAGGCCAUUAACUAGUCGAGUUUAUGCCGUCACCGAUCUUUUUAAAUUGUUUAAUUUUUAACGUUAGUGUAAGGUACAUUUGAAAUUAUUUGUUGUGUUAUUAGCACUUAUAAUUGUAAUAAUAUAAAAUUGAUUGAAAACAUAAUGAAACUCGAAAAAUACUUGACAAUUUAGGGUAUUAACUUAUUGUUUAUUAAUGCUAUCUUUUUACUAACUUGAGUCCUGGUCAACGAAAUAAAAUUAUUCAUGCUAAAGAGUCUACUGUUAGAACGUAAAUUGCAAUCAUUAUAAUCAUAUUUGUGCACGCAUGAACCCCAACCUUUUUUUAUCAGUUAAUUUAAAGUCGUUACUA